GAUAAAAAUUUCAAGUCCGAAAAUACAACAAAUGAGAGAAAAUGCCAAGUCAACUUAAAGUUCACUUAGCUAUCAGCCCUUUCGUUUUGCUUCACACAACAGCCGGCGAUCGCCUUCGGAUCUCUGAGAAAAGGAAUUCAAAAAGAGGGUGUGAGAGACCUUUCACUAUGGCAGACAUUGGUGAUUCUUCUUCCAAAGGGAAAAAUGUAUUGGAAUCUCUUCCAAAAAUUGAGCAAUUAACUCAAGGUGUUGCUGAUGUUAACAUAGAGUCAGGACAAGAUGAUGGUGAAUGGGUGGUAUAUGCAAAGAAGUCCAAGAAUAGAGCCCGAAGCACAACUGUUAAACCAUGGAGUCCUCCGGUUCAUAAUUCUAGACCCACUGGAAAUACAAAGAUGGCUCACAAGCCAGUUACUCGGAAUGAUGGAGGAGUUGGAAGGGCUUCUGGGAGUGGAAAUCCUUGGCAGUCCCAAAAUGCUAACUUCAAGAGACCUGCUGGCAGAGGAAAUGGAAGGCCACAGUUAACUGCAAGUGAAUCUGAAAGCAGCAAUAAUGUGACUUCUAAUCCAGUCAUUCGACCUCCCCUCGAGCAUGGGUGGAAUUGGCAAUCUAUAUCUGGCUCCAAGCAGUCCAAGAGUGUUGAUGAUAGCCUGGUGAAGGGUGAAAUUACAGAAGAGUCCCCUAUGAAGAAUGAUAGUGUUGAUGAUGAAGGGGAUGAAGAGGAAGGGUUUGAUGCUAUGGAAGAUACGGAUGAUGAUCUAAUGAGUGAUGAUUAUGAUUCUGAUACUAGUCAAAAGAGCCACGAGACUCGUAAGAAGAGCAAAUGGUUUAAGGAUUUCUUUGAGAACUUGGAUGGCCUAUCUAUCGAAAAGAUCAAUGAACCGGAAAGGCAGUGGCACUGUACAGCUUGUCGAGGUGGUCCCGGUGCUAUUGAUUGGUACAGAGGACUGCAGCCUCUGAUUACUCAUGCCAAAACAAAGGGGUCAAAAAGGGUGAAGAUCCAUAGGGAGUUUGCUGAGCUUUUGGAAGAGGAACUGCGCAAAAGGGGCUCUGCAGUAAUUCCACCUGGGGAAGUAUUUGGUAAGUGGAAAGGUUUAAAAGAUGAGGAGAAAGAUCAUGAAAUAGUUUGGCCUCCGAUGGUUGUCAUUCAGAAUACAAGGCUUGAACAGGAUGAAAAUGAUAAGUGGCUAGGUAUGGGUAACCAGGAGCUUCUUAAUUAUUUUAGCGCAUAUGAUGCUGUGAAAGCUCGACACGCUUAUGGCCCCCAGGGUCAUCGGGGGUUGAGCGUUUUGAUAUUUGAAGCAUCAGCUAUAGGUUAUCUUGAGGCUGAGCGUCUACACAAGCACUUUGCAGAACAAGGAACUGACCGAGAUGCUUGGUUUAGUCACCACCGUAGAUUAUUUCUCCCUGGUGGCCGGCGACAGCUCUAUGGAUACAUGGCAAUAAAAGAAGACCUGGACUUUUUCAACAGACAUUGCCAAGGUAAAUCUAGACUCAAAUAUGACAUGAGAUCAUACCAGGAGAUGGUUGUAAACCAACUUCGGCAAAUGAAUGAGGACAACCAGCUGCUUAUUUAUUUGAAGGACAGGGAUGCCAAAAAACAAAAACAAACAAAAGCUCUUGAAGAAUCUUUGGGUAUAGUGACUGAGAAGCUGCGAAGGACAAUGGAAGAAAAUCGCAUUGUGAGGUUGAGAACUAAAAUGCAACAUGAAGAGAACAAGGAAGAGAUGUACAUGCAAGAAGAAUUUUUUAAGGAACAGAUCAGAAUCAUUCAUGAUUCAAGGGCUGCAAAGGAAGAAGAGUUUGAGAGGAUGCAGCAGGAGAAACGAGAGAAGGUGAAGCCGUCAAGUACUAGCCCUUUAAAUGAAGAGGAAGGGAGAGUUAAGGUGGACGAAUAUCUAAAAUUUGUUGAGUUUCAAGAUAAAGAAAUGGAAAACUUUGUUGCUGAAGAGGAGAAACUCCGUCAAGCUCAUAAAGACAAUGUUGAUGCAAUGACGCGGAGGCACUGGGAGGAAAAGGUGCAGUUGGAGGAAAGGUUUAAUGAGGAGCUAGCCAAGCUCAUGGAAAAGUAUUCCCUAUCUCACCCAGAAAAGUCCAAUGGUAUCUGAUGACAGUGUGUUGCACAUCGCAGACAAAAAGAUAAAUACAGCAUUAUAAACAGAAGAUAAAUGGAUAGAGUGAUUGUUCUAAGUUGAAGACCCUCAGAUAUCUGCACUUUUGUACUUGAAUACAAGGACAUGCCUAGAGAAUGGAGAUAGAAAGCUUGCUAAAAUACAAAUGACAUUGCUUAUUUUCUCCUUUGGUAUUAGUGGCUUGAACUUUUGAUGUAAUUGCUUUUAUGCAAAUUUUUUGAAUAGCAGCAAUUUGGAUGGAGUGAAAUACACCACUUUAGGUUAUCUCUGGCUUUGGUGAAUCGUAUGAAUGGAAGCCUGAUAGCUCUGCUGUAAGAGAAGUGUUAGCGACACACUCCCUAACACACUUCCUAUUAUUAUUAGUGAAAAUUUAUUGGAAAUUACAAAGUUUGAGUGAAACUCAUUAAAUAGUUAAGACUUACCAAUAAAUUUCAGUCACUAAUAAGUGUGUUAAGUAUGUUGUUAACAUUUUUCUUACUGUAUUCAUCUGUGAAGCCUGCUUCUGUAUUCAUCUGUCAAGCCUGCCUCUGUUGCUUCAAAACUCAAAAGGCCUGAAUUCAACGUUGUAAUAAAUAUUGAAUUUUGUUUUUAUAGGGGUUAAUAUUUAUGUUUAUCCUUGUGUUCA